UGAAUGAUAACGGGUUUUAUAAGAUUGCAAGUAAUAAUUGCUUCGUUUUAAAUAAUGACUGGCCUUUUUUUAAUUUAUUUCAAAUACAACGUUAACAUUAUUAUCAUAUCAACUUAUUCUGUUUAACGUUUAGCAUCAUUAUUUUAGCUAGUAAAAAUCAAUACUACUCCUUGCAAACGGUCGUUAUUUCUCGGAGUUAAGUUUUACUCGUGGUUUUCCUAAGAAAUUUGAACAACUAAGAUGAAUUCGGAAUUGCGAAGAAGAAAAUUAAAGGACCAAAGUUAUCGACCUCUUCCAAAAAGGCAGUCAAAGGAAGUGCAACCAAAUUCACUACAUUUCUCACUUUUGUGUUUGAUAAUAAGUGGAUCAAUAUUAACAUUAUUUUUUGUCGUAUAUUUAAAUGAAAUUCCCUGGCACCUAGGACAUCGAACUGUGGAUAGUUUAGCAAAAAAUAUAAUAGGAUAUUAUGAGCCUGUUCAUGCUGUUAUUAUUGAUGCAGGAAGUACAGGAUCACGAGUUUUGGCUUUUACAUUUCAUAAGGCAUAUUUGGAUGACCAUCUAGUUUUAGAUAAGGAGUUAUUUGAGUAUACUAAACCAGGCAUAUCUUCAUUUGCUGAUAAUCCUAAGAAGGCAGUAGAAUCGAUCAACUCUCUUCUAGAAAAGGCGAAACAUGAAAUUCCUGAACAAUAUUGGAAUAAAACUCCACUUGUAUUGCGGGCGACUGCAGGUCUUCGACUUUUGCCAAGAAAACAAGCUGAUAAUCUACUUAACGCCAUAAAAGAAUUUUUUAAACAAACGCCUUUUUUAACUAAAGAAGAUUCUGUUGACAUUAUGGAUGGAACAGAUGAAGGAAUUUAUUCCUGGUUUACACUCAAUUUCCUUUUAGAACGUUUUUCGGGAAAUGCUGCAAAAACGGUUGCAGCACUGGAUCUUGGAGGUGCUUCGACGCAAGUGACCUUCAGUCCGUCAACCCCAGCAACUCUAUCAAACAAAAAUGAUAUUCAUAUGGCCAAUACACCUAGUGGUUCGAUGCCUGUAUACACACACAGUUUUCUUGGUCUGGGACUAAUGGCAGCUCGAAAACACAUUUUGACACUUAAUGCAAAAGAAAAUGAAACUGAACUGAUUACAGAAUGCGUUAAUCCAGUAGUAGAUAAAAAAAGAUUUCAUUUUAAUGGAAAGGACUACUAUGUAAGUGGUUUGAAAGAAAAAUAUAAGACUUUGAAGAAGCCAGGUAACAGUUUUACAGUCGAGGAAGAAAUACCUGUUGUCAACUUUGAUUGGUGUUCAAAUGAACUAGUUGAAUAUGUUAAGUCUAAAGCAAAAAUUAUUGCAGAAUUGCCAUCAAAGCAAAUUAAUACUUUUAGUUACUACUAUGAUCGAGCAGUUGAAAUUGGAUUAAUUGAUGAAACGACAGGUGGUCAAAUAACAGUUUCUGAUUUUGAAAGAGCUGCAAAAUCUGUCUGUUCAGAAGCUAAUGACUCUCAACCUUUUAUGUGUUUAGAUUUAUCUUUUAUUUGGAUUUUACUUGAGAAAGGUUUCGGACUAAGAUCGGAUACGAAAUUAUUUAUUUAUAAAAAAGUGAAUGGACAUGAAAUAAGUUGGGCUUUAGGUUUAGCAUAUAGUUUAUUAACCAGAAAUAGCUAAGUCUGUAUAAUUAAAUUCAAUGUUUACUAGUAACUUGCUGUGCCUUUUGUGUAAAUAAUAUUUUUAUUGAUUUAACAAAAGUUAUUAGGCUGUGCAGAGGUUAUUCCAUUGACGAUUUAAUAAUUUUAUUCUCGCACAAAUUAUAUAAAUGAAAUUUAAUAAUAAUUAUUUGUAUAUUCCAUUUUGCAUCUCAUUCCUCUUUCCUAGUGUGUGGUAUGUGUGAAGACAUUUAGUGCUGAAUGUAAACCAUUUCGAUUUUUGUCUAUUUUCUUUUUAAUAGGUAAAAUAAUAAGAUUUUUUAUAACGCAUUUAUUAUUACAGCAAAUACAAUUAAUUAUUAAUAACGUGAUAACAAAAAGAAAUUUUGUUAAGGCCAACUUUUCUGGUAUCUUAUUUGACAAAAAAAAAAAAAUAAUCAAUAAAAUCAAAUCAAUCC